AAGACAAAAUGGAUAAUAGUCAUACAACACGCCAAUUGGACGAUGAAAAUUUGAGACUUGUUCAUCAGUUUCUUCUAGAUCAUAAGUUUGAAGAUACUGCUGGGAUAUUGAUAGCUGAAGCUGCAUUAAGGGGUUUCAACAAUUUUUCAACAGCUUCAAAAACAGAUAAUGAAGCUUAUGCAAGAGCUUCUCAAAAGAUAUUGUUAAGCUUCAAAGCAGGAGACUGGAGGACAUUUUUUAAUUUAUGGAAUUCGCUGAUACCUGAAACUGUUAAACAGACAAAAGCAUAUAAAAUUUUAACAUUGAAUUUGCAUGUAUAUUUCACAGUAUUACCUAAGCGUAUAAUGCUUUUACAUUUGUAUGAACAAAAAGACAAUACACAAACAACUGCAGUUAAUUCUAUUAUGUCUAUAAAUCAUCAAAGCCAUCAAGAGAAUUGUAUGACUGAAAUAGAAAAAGGUAUGCAUGAUAGUAUGAAACUAUUGCACACAUUUUUAAAUACAACUGGAAAAGAAUUGGAGGAUGAUGGAGAAUUGCGACCCUUUUUUGCGUUACCUUUUAUCGAAGAUCCAUACACAGAACCAAGUCUGUCUAAAAUAUUCGAAAAAAAUUGGAUCGAUGAACUAACAGAAAGCUUGCUUCUGUUUCUUGAGAAGUGUGAACAACAAGUAAACAAAGUAUGCGAUCGGAGAUCUGUAUUAGAAGAAUCACAAAAAGACUGUGUUACCAAGAAAAUAACUGGAAAUAAAAAUGUACCAAUCAUACCAAAUGAGAGAAAUAUUCCACUCUUUAUAGAAGACGAUGAACUUGAUAAGCAUUAUACUUUACGCAGUGAUACAAAGUACACUAAAAAAUCAAAAAGUGUGCAGACAGCAUCAAUAAUUUGUUCUACAGAGGAAGAUGUCCAUUCGUCACAUAUGGUUAUCAACAAUCGAAAGUUAAUGCAAUGUACUCAAGAAUUAGCUGUAACAAAGUCCUACUUAUAUACUGUUCAUUCUAAUUAUGAAAACUUGAAGAUAAGGUUUCAUAAACUGCACACCGAUUAUCAUAAAUUAAUGAGCAUCGCGAGAGUAUUAACAACAGCUUUAGAAAAUUCUGUGAAGGGUCAAACUAUUGAUUUCCAAGCUAUGCUAGAAACUUGCAUUCAAAUUUUCCCAGACUUAUUCAAUCAAAAUAUCAAAGAUAAUUCAUAUGUAACAUUGGUAGAUAAAUCACAUUCUGAAAUGAAGACAGUCAUAGAUUCCAUACCAUAUACCACACCUGUACCUCCAAAAUUAUUGAACUUCAAAAAGAUCAAGUUGCAUUUGAUAAAUGGAAGUAUGAAAACUAAAUUAUUUCUGUUGCAAGCACUACGAAGGAAAAUAACACUUGCACAACCUGGAGAAAGAGAAGAAGCAGUGCACGAGUACAUAAGUAAAGAUCUGUUGGGGCUUCAUGGACAAAUUGCAAGCUAUAAAGGCACGUCUGUCCUACCAUAUUUAUUAACGCCAGACAAUAUUAUUAUGCCCCAUCCGUUGCAACAAUCAACCACAAGAUUAUUAAAUGCUUUAGCAUCGUUUAGGUGUGGACGAGAUUACUUAUCAUUUGAUUCUGCAGUUGUUGACAUGGUAUUCAAAUGCUUAAAAAGUACUCUUGAUAAUGACAUAGACACAUUUACCUGUAACAUGAUGAUAGCAAUGCUGCAAAAGUUAUCAUUGCGUAAACAGCAAAGAAUAUAUAUGAUAGAAAAUGGAUUAGUAGAGUGGUUAAUCUCUCAUUUACACGAUCAUUGUCGCAUCAUGGACUCCUAUCGAUUAGAGUAUGCUACUGCUCUAUUAAUGAACUUAUCAUUAGAUCAAAUUGCUCAAAGAAGAGCAUCCGCACUGGCAUUUUUACUUCUAUCGACGUUGAUUAAUCUACUUGUAAUAGAUCAUUCUUCUACCUUGCCUUAUGUUACUGGAGCAUUAAACAAUUUUUUAAGAAAUCAUGCUAUUAAUGAAGAAGCAAAGAAGAUGAAAUUUUCAUCUACUUUAGAACAAUAUAGCAAGUACAAAGAUGGCGAAGCAAGGGAACACUUGGAACAUAUUUUGAAAAUACACAGAGGUGAGAUUGCCAUUACAGCAGACAGUGAGGAAGUUACCGACAAUGAUAACGAAGAGUUUGAAGUGUUGGAAAACGAGUUAGAAGAAAACGACCCAGUGAAAAAUAACUAUGGCGAAUUAUGUGGAGAAUCAUUACUCGUAGCAUGCUACACUACCUUAUUGAAAACUUCUGAAAAUAAGGAAAUGAAUUCAGAAAUAUCAUCGUAUUCCGUUGUACAUGAUACUGAAAAACAAGUUAAAAGUUUACAUUACGAACGUGCAUCAUUGUUACAUGGACAAGAUUUAUCAAGAAGACCUAUAGCUAAAAUGUAUCAGGUAAAAAACAAAAAUAAUAUUAUGGUGAUACAAGAAUCUACAAAAAGCACACAUUUAAGUUCAAAAUUACGUACACCCAAAUUAGUAUCUCUGUCCAAGGGUCAACAAAUUAGUAGAGAAAAAAUAAAUAAAUCAUGGAACUCUCCAUCUAAUAGAAAGAGUACUUUGAGAAGUAUUGAAUAUUCAAUUGAAAAUUACAACCAGAAUGACUCAAAUACAUAUUUAAACCACUUGAAAAAAAUUGAAGAACAAGUUAAUGUAAAUGAAGUCGGUGAAAGUGCUGAAUAUUUGUAUGAAAAUCAAUCGUCCAAGAAAAGUAGCAAAACAAGCCUUGCAUCUUCAACGAUAUUAAAAGUUGGAAGUGCAGCUGAUUCAACAGUUAUGCAGAAGCUCAGCAGUAUAGCAUCACUGAAUACCAGUGAUUGCAAUAAAGCUGUUAGUGACAGUAUUUCAUGGACUCGGGAGAUUGAACUAGAAAGAGAAGAAGCGUUUCUGGCCAAACCAAAGCUUCCACGAACUCCACCGUAA